ACUCCACACAUCCAUAGCCGCCAUCUUGACUGUACGUUUGCUCAGCAGAGAAAACGGGAUCCGGAGAGUAACGGCAGCAGAGCAGGCGUGGAAACUAAAUUAAACUGGGAAAAACGCCGCUGGACGCAUAAAAACACACUCAAAACAGGUCUGCUGCUUCCUCUUGGAUUCAAAGGGAAGAUUAGAUAAUCAAUGAAGAGAAAACCAGGAUGAAGAUCUCUGCAUAAAAAAUUCCCACCUCCUCUUCCUUGUGCCUGAAAAGAGAAAACUCAGUUACUCUUUUUUUUCCUGAAGAACACAAGUCAUGGCGAAUAUGUGCCCUUAUGGCCGUUUCACCCACGCCGUGGUGAGGGGCAUCCCAGAGACCUUUGGGAAAACAGCUGGAGACGGCCGUGAGAACGACGAGGUCAUGGUGGAUCAGGCCAAAGCCCAGCGUCAGUUCGGCUGCCUGACCGGAGCGCUGAGGCAGAAGGUGGGCCUGCAGCUGAUUGAAAUCCCCCCUGACCCUGAGCUGCCGGAGAGCUGGAGGAUAGAGGAUGUAGCGGUGAUCCAGGGAGACACGGCGCUCAUCACCAGACCAUUCAAACAGCAGAGACGCAGUGAGGUGGAUGCAGUGAGGAGGGUAAUGUCGGAGCUCAACCUGACUGUAGUGGAGAUGGGGGAUGAGCAAGGGGACUCCGGAGGGGCCACGCUGGAGGGCAGCGACGUCCUCUUCACAGGGAGGGAGUUCUUCGUCGGGAUUUCCUCCCACACGAAUCGCAGAGGAGCUGAGGUGUUGGCAGACACGUUCAGGGACUUUGCUGUGUCCACCGUCCCCGUCUGUGGCGGAGCCCGACUGAAGAACUUCUGCUCCAUGGGAGGGUCGAACACCAUCAUCAUCAGCAACAGUGACGGGGCCAAGAAGACCCUCAGGAUGAUGGAGCAGCUGACGGAUCACCACUACGAAGUGCUGACCAUCCCAGAGGGAUCCGCGGCUAACUGCAUCUACGUUAAAGGCCCGUCCAAACGGGACUUCCUGCUGCACAGGCCUGCAGAGGAAUGUCCAGACAGCGUCUCUGCCUUCCAGAAGCUGCCGGACUACACCCUCCUGCCGACGGCCUGCAGCGAAGCGUUCAAGCUGGGAGCGUCUCUGUCCUCUCUCUGCCUCCUCAUCAACAGAAAGCACACGUAUUUCUGAAGAUCCCAUCAUCUAAACACAGCUUUUAUUCUGGCGGCUCAUAGGUCACCAAGAAACGCCGCACCUAAUAAUGGUUUGAGGGUUAUGAGAUCUGUGGUGCAGCUGAGCUGAUCUUGAGACGAAACCAAGUUCAGUGUUUUCAGAUCAGUUAAUUUUAUAGUAAAAGUUUCUGCAGGGUUGUUGUUGGCACAAGCGUGAAAGUUUUUUUUGUUUUUUUUUAUAGUUUAGCAAUGUUCGAUUUUUAAAUCAGACUGAGGAGAUGAAAAUUAAACCACUAAAGCGAGCUUCUAACGAUUUACAGGUGCAUCUAAAAUUAGAAUAUCAAUCAAACAGUAAUGCAACUGAAAUAUUCAAUGAAGAGAAUCAAGCAUUUUAUUUUGAUUGAAAUAAGCCAAACUCAAAUCAGCUUCUUGAACAUUUUUAAAGAAUUAUUGCUUUAUUAAAUUAAGGUGUUUAUAAAUGGUAUAGCUUUGAAAUAUGAUUGUUGUAAUGAAACUAUUCAGGUUGACUUUUUGAUCUUCUCAUCUGAGGUGUAAUGCCUCCCAUAACCUGUGUAUUACAUUUAUUAGAGUGUAGUCUCUUUAGUUCUAAAGACAUCUAGCUGCUAAAUAAAAGGUGUUUUAGCUUCCUACAAUAUACAUUUGUGGAAAUUAAAUGGAACCGUUACCCCGACUGUUUUCCUCUGGUUACAGCUUGUUUUAUUUACUUGUAAUGCCAUGGUAAAUAUAUGCACCAAAAACUG